AUGCCUGAACCAUCAACUGAUACUGAUACCCAUACGCACACCAACACCACCACGGAUCAAACAACCUACAAACUCACCUUCUUCACACCCCCCUCUGCGACCAAAGCAUGCCUCUCCGCCCUCCACGCCGUCGGCGCAGGCGUGUGGCCUAGCCCCCCGCCACCCACCCUCGCAUCGGGCACCAAGGACACGCCAGAGACGUCUUCGUCUUCUCCCCCAAAAUACAUCGACAGCGCCUUCAUCUCGCGCGGCACAGGACAAUUCCGGCCCUCCGCGCACGCGAAUCCCACUAUCGGCACCCCAGGUGAGGUACAGGUCGUCGAGGAGGACAAGGUCGAGAUGGUCGUCGUGGGGACCGAAGCUGUCCGCAGAGCGGUCGCCGAGUUGAGGCGCGUGCAUCCUUAUGAGGUUGUCGGGUUGUUUGUUGUGCGGUGUGAGGAUUUCUAA